CGUGCUGUCGCAAAAGGGCCAUAGACGUCGCGUCGGUCGCUUUAUUUUCAUUUUGUUACGCGGUUAUGGCAGACGACAUCUCGGAGGAUAUAUGCGACGACUGGGAGGAUAUGGUUGAAAAUGGCGUGCUGGAGAAGAAGUUGGAAAGGUUAAAGGUGAAAACAAACUCCGCAAACAGUAACAACGCGAAUCCUCCUUCAAGUGGAGGCGGUGAAGUGGCGGUGAUGCCGCGUGUACUGCUCGAAGACAGUGUUCGGACGCAGUACACGCCAGCCGUGAAGAUUCUGAAGCGACCCCCGGACGCGAGCCGGUCUGGCGGCAGUGUGAACGGCACGGGUCCCGAGAAGUCGCCCAUCCGGCAACCCGUCAAGAGCUUACAGCAGCGGGAAGCCGAGUACGCCGAGGCGAGGCUGCGGAUACUGGGCUCGGCUCGCAGCGAAGACGACGGCCAGAAGGACAAGUCAUCCGGUGUAAGUGUCUUAAACCACGUGGUGACCGACCAACAGCAAGUCCCUAUUCGGCAACCUCGUGGCCCCGAUCAGGGAUCCAAUGGCUUCCAGCAGCCACGGAGGUAGCCCCGGCCUUGGACGCUGCUGCUUUAGAUUCUACACCGCGUGUGACCCUUGCUCCCCACCCUCCUAUCACCGACUCGCCGACAUCGUGUGUGCUUCACACUAGCUAACUGCUGCUGCUGCCUGUGGACCUCCUGUGUCAGAAGUGCGCGAACCCGGGGAAAUGAAGCAAAAGAAAAAAAGUUGACGUGGAUCCACUUCUCUUCGUGUGUUUUGAUAUCGGUAACCUUUUCACUCUUUCGUUGUUGCUUUUCUUGAAGUGUGCCCGGCAGAUUUCAUGUUCUCGAGCGCAAUGAAGCAGCGUAAGGUUUUAGCAAAGUGGUGCAGUCCACAAAGCAACUUGGUCUAGAAAGCGGACGCAAGCAACUUGGUGCUGUUGCUAUGAUAAGCUGCUUCAGGAUGUGGUUGAUCAGACCUUCCCAACUCUUGGAGAGGCUUAAUGGCAAAGAGCAGGGCACUCAAACAGUGCUGCCUUGAGGCCAUUUAUCGCAGAGAGGGAAUGUCCAGUUUUUGGUCAAGUGCAUGGGACUACAGAGGCAGUGCAUUUUUGGGUGGUUGCAUGCAUUUUGAGCAGUCCAGUCUGGAAAGCCACCUUUGAAGAGGUCUACAUCUAUUAAAGAAGUGAAAGAGGAUACGUUUGGGCACAUGCGUGAUUCGCAGCAACUCCUUAAUGCUCUGUGGAAACGGUAUGAAUAGAACGGCUUGAGCACGGCACACAAUGACUGUUUGGUUCCUUUUCUCCUGGCUUCUCUCAUGCACUAAGUGUUGCCCUAGUAAAGAAAUGCUGCGAAUUAGCUGCGUAGGGCAGUCCUUGCUGGGGCUUCCCAGUGGCACCUAUAGAUGCUGAAUGUCUUCCAUGCAGCCAGCUGGAGUUUUAGUCGGUGUCCGCCAUUCACAGGUGGUUCUUGGCUGUCGACGUGUGCUGGUGUGGUUUCCAGCUGAGGGGCUUUGCACAUGCGCAUGAAGCCAGGAAUAUGCACCGGCCUACCGAAAGUUCUCACGCGCAUAUUUUUCUAAUCGAUUUCCUGGCACUGAGUGUUAUUUAACGAGAAAAUGUGCAGUUCUUGUGUUCGUUUUUCUUCAUAGUUCAGCAGGCACGGACAAAUUGGCAUCCAUGUUGUUGUCAAUGGAUUAAAAAAAAAAAGCUUUGGAGCAAGAACUGAUCACGUCUUGGGAUUCUUUUGCUACCUGUCAUAUUCUUUUCUCAUGUUUUAAAUUUUUUUACCGGUGUAAACUCUGUUUGUAAUGCUUCAUUGUAUUACUCUUGCUCGAAGCUUAUCGUUUGGUUUGCCUUUUUUUCCCCUCCUGGUUUAUUUAGCGGGUAUGAAAAGCAUGUUGCACGAAACUGCAUCUGUCAGUGUAAUACAUACCAUAAGUGCGGGCUAUUUGUCGACAGUCAACCUUGUAUUGAAGCAGCACAUGGAGCGCUGGAAAUGGAAAGAAAGCUGUGGUGUGGCACUAAAUUUUUGUUUUUCGCUUAUGUAGUUUGCACCGAAAAAUUCUCUAAGGGAUAAUGUUGGCAUGAAACGAUACAUCAGUAUGCAUGCCUCCACUUUAUAAAAUGCUCUUCGUUUAUUUUAUGCAACAUGCUUCAUCCGACUAAUCGUGCAACAACACGUGAUGUGAACUUUGAUGACUACAGUGUGCGAGUCAAAAUUGGGCCGCUGUACUGUAAACUGCAGGCGGUGGAAAAGGACACAUUCAUGUAGGUUAGUGAUGCCUAAAUUUACAUUAUUUCAUUCCGUUGCCAUUGCGCAUGCUUUGCACCAUUCAUGAGAAACAGCUUGCAAGAUUGAUGACAAUUGUUGCAUGGUAGUAACAUCAUACAAUGUGCACAGUUUUUGAGAUCGCAUUGGGUCAAACUGCUGCCACACCAGGAAUGUUAAAUUCAGUGCCAUUAUUUCAAAACUAGUGGCACAAGUGCUUUAUUAACAUCAUGAGCAAUAUGUGUAUUCCAUGAUGCAAAUAAUUUCGGAGUUCUUUCCUUCUGAAAAAAAAAAGUGUAUGCUGUUCAAAUGCAAAAGUUUUCUUCUCUUUCAAGCAAUGUCUUUUCUCCUGGAAGCGUUGGUUCUUUCUUGUUCUUAUGAACACUUGUCACGCACUGCCGAUAAAAUGCCGACUUUUUAUUUCCAGCAGUUUUUCCAAGCUGGUGGUUUGACAAAAGCAUUUGUAGCAAGAAUGCAUGUUUCGCAUUAUGGCGAUUUCCGUGAAUGCACCCCUAAUGAAUCAAUCAAGUUUCAAUGCCAAUCAAGUUGUUUCUAUGGCAAAACACGGUUUAUGAAGUUUGGGUAGGAAUCACUCGAUGGCAAUGACUACAUGUGUGGUUAAGAUGAAAUUGGCAUUUAUGAUAUACAAUGUGUCCAGCAGAAUGUUUGUGGCUUUGGCAACUGUUGAGAGUUUGCAUUGUCUUGUGAUUUUGCUGGUUCGUUCUGGUGGUUUAGCUUUUCAUGUCUGUAAAAACUUGCCACCGUCACGCUUGUACGUGUGCGAAUUCAUGUUGCCUCGACGGGCAGUUGUUGAGAAAGGUAUUUACAUGACACUGAAGGACUGACUGCAGUAUUUACAAAGCAUGCGCAUUAGAAGCUGUUAGCUCUGGCAGUAUGCUGGCUGUGUGAAAAUCACAUGUUUCAACAAAAUAUAGAAAUGUUGGAAAUGAAAUUAUGGACCCAAACAAAUUUAAAAAUAAUGAAUUCACAUUUUGCAUCUCGUAUGGCUUUCUUAAUUACCAUGGAGCCGCUUCAAAAAUGUUGGCCGGUUCUUUUUGACCAGGUCAGUGUUCGUAGCAAAAGAAAAAAGAAAGUUAUUUUUUCUAUGUGCAUGUGUUAACGAUAAUUCGAGCCUUUGUUUAAAACCUUGCAUAUAGAUGAAUUUACUCGGGGAUUGGGGAACCUACAGAUUGUACAACAUACUACACAGAAAAUAUAUAUAUUAUACACAUACUAUAUAUAAUAUACAUAUAUCUAUGUUUACAUGUAUAUGUACAUAUAUACAAAUAUGAAUAUUGUUUUGAGCUGCCUGCCCUUGCAUUGCGUAAAGUAUAUGUAUGUGUACAUAUCCAUAGGUGAGUGUACAUACUGUAUCAGGUUAUUCUGAGCGGUGGCGUGCGAAGGAUAGUCCACUGUAUGCAUCGCGUGUUUGCAUUUCUUUGUGAGUGUACCUGGUGCACAUAGUUGACCCAGUCUCCGUAACCUUUUAGAAAGUUUUCUUUGUGGACGUUGUAUUUUAGAAUUACUCUCCUCGUUUUUUUUUUUUGUUCCUUAGAUGAACAAGAAAGAAAAGCUUUGUUGUGGUAGGAAAUUCUACUUACAAAAAAGCAUGUGUUAGUGCGAGACAGCUUUUUUUUUUUUUUUCAAGGUUUCGUUUUUAUAGCUACCGCUUUAGUAAAAGUUGCGUUGUUAGCAUAUACUGCAGCGACCGAGCCGCUGCCUAGCGUAGAACCUCCGAGCCAUUGAAUGAACUGCGUAGCCAAACGGUCACAAAAUUGGUGCGAGCAGAUCGGGGGCCUUGCAUACACUAAAAAAUGUGCUUGAAGUGUUAAGAUUCCAGUUCCAUUCUUGUUUUGUGCACUGCAAUAUUGUUUUUAAUUGAUUAAGGUGAAGUUUUGCUUGGUGAACAGUGUGCAGGGUCCCGUUAAUGUGCUAUUGUGUUAAGUCAACUUCUCGCUCGGCUCUGCAUUGUUGUUGCAUCACGAUUGGAGAGGAAUGGCUGCUGUAAGUUUAUAAAAACUGCUUCUCUUCUAUUACAUCUUGUGUUGUGUACAGUGAGAAGAUCAAAGAGCUGUUUAUGUGCAAGGUGUUUGUUAUGGAGGAUGUGCACUUGUGUGACAUUUGUAUAAAGGCCUUUUUUGCUCACA